UCUCAUUUCGAAAUCAGUAAUCGUCGAGAACGGUACGCAAGCGACCAUUUUUCUUCGAUACGAUACGAAACACACCGAAAAAAAAAGCGAUAGAAUAUUUCUCUUCUCCUGGAAGUUGAAGGUGUUUGGUUUUUCCGAGAAUUGUGCAAUUUUUUUUAGUUUCGUUCGUCGCGGAAAAUUUAAUCGCUGGAAUUUUUGCACCUUUUCUCGAGGCCGCGGUCUGUGGUUCACUGUGUGUGUGUAUGUACGCGUUUGUGCAUGAUAAAGGCGGUGUUUUGUUUUGUGCGCGACAAGUGUCAGUGGAGCACGUGUGUGAAUCGUUUGCAUUCGCACACACCUUUCUCCACCCACUUGUGUGUUUGGGUGGCAAAUCCGUUGAAGCAAAAAAAAAAAAGGGAAAAAACACUGAAAAUACUCACGCGUUCAAAUUGUUUCGCAUGAGUCACUCGCGGUGGCAGCAGCAUUGACGGGGCCAGAGAACAAAAGGCGCGUUUUUUUUGAACGCAAGUUCGCAGAUAAGUUGUGCUUCUCUCUCUCGAUAAUCGUAUUUUUUGCGUAUUUCGAUUGCGCGAAUCAUUGCGUUCUCGCUCGUUCCCGAUUGGUGGAGAACAAAAACAAAACACGCGUCGCUGCUGUUGUUUGUGGGGCGAAUGAGGGUAAUUGGGAAAGGAGUGAAGGAGUAGAAGAAAACAUAAGUUUUGUGCAACGAGGCCAGUGUACAGAUUCUCGGAUAAAGUGAAGAAAGUCGAUUUGAGUUGCACGUGUUGAAGCGUCGAAAAACAAUCGAUUUGAAUUUGGAGCACCCCUCGGCGCCAUAUUUGUUUUGAGUGUUGUGAGUGUGCAACAAGCAACAACAACAAUAACAAAAGACGUCACAGCAGGCGCUGAUAAGAGGCGAGACUGUGGGAGCGCUCGUGUGAGAGAACCGAAGGGUGGCGUGAAUUUCCGGAUUAACGUUUGCCCCCAACAAAUGCCAAACACGCAGUAAUUGUGUUAUUUGAUUCCGACAACUGCAUGUGAUCAAUUGAUUCUCUCUCUUCAGAAACAUUCUAAAGUACUGAACCGCUCUACCACCACCACCAUGCUACCGCAACAGUAUUGCCUCCGGUGGAAGUACCACCACAGCAACCUGCAGACCAUGUUCUCACAGCUGCUCGAUCGGGGCUGCUUCUGCGACGUGACGCUGGCCUGCGAAGGCCAGACGAUCCGUGCUCACCGGGUGGUGCUGUGCGCCUGCAGUACCUACUUCGACCAGCUGCUGACCAACUGCAGCAGCAGCGAGAAGGACCCGAUCAUCAUCAUGCGGGAUGCUCGCUUCGAGGACAUCAAGUGUCUGAUCGAGUUCAUGUACAAGGGCGAAAUCAACGUGGAGCACGGAUCGUUGGCGUCGCUGCUCAAGACGGCGGAAGAGCUCCGCAUCAAGGGUCUGGCGGAGGUGUCCUGGCGGGACGAAGAGAAUGGCAACACCGGCGGCAGUGAAUCCAGUGGGAAUAACAACAACAACAACAAUAAUAAUAGCAUCAGCGCCAAGAAUAGCAACGCUGGCGCGCCUGGCGGCGGCAGCAACAACAACAGUAUUAAGAUUGUGGAGACAAAGAAGCUAAUGGCGACGCAGCAUCACUCGGUCGGAGGGUCUUCACUGACGCCGCUGACGGUGAGCAGUUUGGAGAGUCGGAUUUCCGAUUCGCCCAAUCUGCCGCUGCUGACGCCGCUGGCGGCCGGAUCUCCCCGGAAUCCCGCCAACAACUGUGCCUCCCCGAUCAACUACUUCAGCAACAAGAAAAAGCGCGGUCGACCUCCGCUGGACGAAGAGUACGACACCUUCCAGCAGAUUCCUAAAAUCUCGCACGUUGAGGGAGGCGCCGGUAGCUCCACCCCAUUCACCUCCAGCUCCCAGCUGGUGGCCGUCAUGAUGGACGACAGCUCGAACGAUCAGCGAGAGGACCAGCGGCAUCAGCAGCCAUCGAUGUCCGCCGCCGCCGCGUCCUAUCUCGAGCAACAGAGUCGUACGGUUCCCCCGGAGGCCCUCCACGAGAUGGAGUUCGACGAGGACAGCCACCUUCCCCGCCGACUUAUGCCGAAACUUGAACGACCGGACACUCCGCAGGAGUACAUGGUCACCAUGGGGGCGAAGUUCGAAUACGAUGAGCAAUCGCCGCCCAGCCCGAACGAUCACACCAAUUCGGUCUUUCUUACCCCCGCCGAGCAGGAAGAGUGGAAGGAUGUGAUCAAAAUGAACGACUAUCUGACCAAGGGAAGGCGGCCGCAGUUCUGGGAGGAACCGUUCACCAAGCGGGUCAUGGAUGGCAUCAAGAACAAGACACUGGAGAUGAAGAAGGCAGCCAAGCUGCUCGGAGUUUCCUAUGGUACCCUCUACGGGCGCUAUCGGGAGACGUACGGAUGUCUGAAGCAUCCGUAUCGGGGACCUUUUAUGGCCGCAUCCCGGAUCAACAACAUGUGGCCUGCGGUGAACGAUACCAGCGUGACGUCAACCACCGACAUCAUCGGUAUGCUGCAGCGGGGCAUUAUCAGUUUGCCGCGGGCCGCCGAACUGAUGCACACGACCCCAUCGACCAUCAGCAGCUACCUGGAGCAACUCCAGGAAGCGGCAGCGUCCCAACCCGACCCUGAACACCUGGCAGCAGCGCUGGCAACGAGCAGCAGCAAUGUUGCCACCAACUCCGAUGACGACCGAUCCCACCAGCAAUCGCUUUCGCUAAUGUCCUCCGCCCAGAUGGAGCAGCAGCAACAGCAGUUGCGGAUCAAACCAGAGAUCAGCAUAUCGACGCUGAAGAAGAGCUCACAAAGUUCCUCCGCCCCGGCCAGCAGCAGCAGUAACAGCAACAGCCUAGCCAGUGCGCUCAGUGCUCUCCCGUCCACCUCCGCUGCGGCCAACACCUAAACGCGCCGCAGUUACGCCGCGUCAAUACACAGUUUGCUAUAAAGGAAAGUAUAUCCGAGACACCGCACCCGCGACGCAUGCCAUAAAAGUAUAUUUUUCGUAGCAAAUUGAUAGUUCAAAUGCGUGCGAUGGUUCAAAACAGUGAGAGAGAGAGAGAGAGGGAGCGAGAUAAGGGGGAACGUUAAAUGUGAUUUUGUUUUUAUUUUCCCAUUAGUUAGUAAGUCCCACUUAGCAAAAAACAAGAUAAUUUCAUUCUAAAUGGAAUUAAACCGGAGUAAAUCCGUACUUUCGCGUAUAGCGCCGCACACACCUUGUCAAUCUUGUUGACACAGAUCCAUACUAGCAUUAGGAAUAGAGAAGUGCUGGGCAAAAAUGCGGAGGGGGGAAAGUUCGCAUUGGACUAAAAAUCUUGCAACACUGUAUUCAAGAUACAUUUCUCGCUUAACUUUUGAACAGGUCCUAUGUAACAAAAGUAAACAAAUCGAGUUAAUGAAUGCACGCUAUUAGUUUUCAAUCAUUGAAUGCAUUACAAAAACAAUCGUUCAUGUAUCUACCUUCUUCAUCUUUUUAUCGCCGAUACAAAAAAUAUCCAAUGUGCAGAUUCGUAUUUUAAGCACUCGGCUGUUACUUCGGACGCCACUUUCCUCCGACGCUCGGAACGUCUGAAGUAGCAAAGCAGUCAAAACAACACGAUGUCGUACUUCGGUCGUUUUGAGUUUUUGUUUCUUACGGGCGUUGUUAGCGAUUUCAGUGUAAUUCAACGAGUGAUAAUAACAAUAAUCUGUCUUUAGAACGAAAUGCUGAUAUUUGGAUUGCUGUUUAGUAGUUAGUUUCAGAUUCUCAUCGUGCAACGUAGUAUGUCCAAUGUGCAAACGCGGCAGUCAAAACGUCCAAUGUAACAUUUUUCAUUCCUAGGCUUCAAAUUUAAGCUCAAAUCACGGAACAACAGUUACGUUUCGUUUUUCAGAGUUAUUCUUGACUGCUAGUGGAGAAAGUAGUGAUAGAGAUCGAUACCUUUCAAGACAAUUCGCGGAUUAAUGUUCGGGUCUUCAACUUCGUUUUUCUCGAGUUGAUGAAAAUGUUACAUUGGACCUUUUCAAAAGUUACGCGAGAUUUCAUAACAGCGACGGAAUGUUUUAAGGUGCGAAGUGUUUUGCGUUAUUUUGAUCUAAUUUAUUCAAUUUUCGGAAUAUCUGAAAAAAAAAAUUUAAAAUAACUAACCGAAUGGUUUCCUUCAUUCUAUAGUAGUUCAUAAUGUGUAUUCGUUUUUGUGAAAAACUUCAAGUUUUUUUUAGAAAUAUGAUUACUUGAAAAAUUGCUUGUGGGGCAAAAGCUUGCACUGUUUUGCCGUUAAAAGUAUCUACCGUUCUGAAUCAUAUUUCGGAAACACAAACGAUAUGUUCGACCGAAUUGCGGAUCUCGCACAGAUCGCAAAUAGGAUGACAGGGGAUCCUGUUGAAGUUAUGUGAUAUGUUGCAGUGGCCGGUCCCUAGCCUGGACAGGAUUCGCUACUCCCUCUGCGAGAUAAUCCUGAGGCCUGAAAUAAUCCGCAGUACAUUGCUGUAAAUCGAAGAUAGAGCUUUUAGGAGCCAGGUACGGGAAUUCGAGAUCGUAGGUGAGGUGGCUGUUAAUCUUUCGAUUUCUACUCCGUUGAAAUUUGAAGAGGGUUUUCAAAAAGGUUAAACCGAGUGGCCAGUCGACCUCCUCUUCCAGGAUUUUCAACGUUCUAUGCUGGAAGAUGCGGUCGUUGUAAGUUUUGACUCCCGAAUUGCACCCUUAGUGUUUAUGACUGCAGAUCACCAUGGACAUGGCCACUAGACGGAAACCUUAUUCGACAACCCAUUUACAGAUAGCAUUGAUGACUGUAUGGAUCUUGAUGCGUGAUGCCACAUGCGUUUUUCUCAUUACUACCAGAAGGAUGUCCGCAGUUUCUACGUGGAUGCGCCUGGAACUGGUGUACUCAGCUUUUACCUCGAUGGACCGGUUCAUCGCGAGGUAUUUCACCAAUCUACCCCCCAAUCUGCCAAUGCCUUCAGAACUAGUUGAAUCCAGUUUCGGUUGUACCUCUUCUCCAGAUUCAUUUAGCAGCAUUUUAGCAGCUUCAAGGUAUGUUUGGAGUCGUUAUCUUACUGGAAAAGCCAUUUGAGAGACAUAUUUUCCUCUGCGUAAGAGAGCACUACCUCCUCCAUAGUUGCAUUGUAAUCGACAGCAUUCAUUGUGUUCCUAAUUUGGAAUAUGGCACCCACACCAUACCAGGAAAAACAACCCCAAACCAUGAUAUUACCACCAUCAUGUUUCACAGUUUCCUUCGUGGAGCGAGGGUGAAAUUCUUUUCCAGCAGGUCGCCGAACAUUUCGUUGGGAAUCCGAACCAAACAAAUUUGACUCAGUUUCGUCACUCCACAAAAUGUUCCGUCACUUUUCGUGCCUUCUGCUCCUUGUCAGGUACGUUGUAUUGAAGCAAACUGUUUCCUAAUCUGCAAAUUCUUCAUUCUCAAUAGUGGCAUUUUCCUAGUAAUUCGCCCGGGUAGACUCGUUUCUUCCAAUCGUUGACGAAGUGUUCUAGCACUUACGAUGUUGUCAGUUUGGAAGCAAAUUGUUCUAGACGACACAAAUGGAUCAGCUUUCGCCGGAAGUACUAUACGAUGGUCCGUAAUUUUUUGCUGGCUCAAGGCAUUGGUGACGAAAAUUUCCAGCCUGAGGGCAUCCGUAUACUAGCACAUAGGAUUUGACAGCGUCAAACAUGUCCGGGUCGAAAAUGCAAUUUGCGACCACUGUCACUCGCGAGAACUGCCAAACUCUCAAGCUGGUGUAAAACAAGGCACUUAACAUACUACCAGGUGGGUCAAAACGUGAAGUGGUUUUCUGCAGCCAUUUAAAAAAUACACAAAAGUAAAUUAAGACGAUUGAGCACAAUUUGUGGAAUAUACUGAUACUUUAUGAAAUACUCAUUGCUAUAUUCAUUAUAUUCAUUACGUUUUACGCUGCAAGCGUUUCAUUUAUUGUCUUUGCGUUGAAGGCACCAUAAUGAUUUGCGCCAUUUGGAAAACGAAAUUAAGGACGAAAUUAACACACUUCUAGAACAAAAAAUAAUGAACUAAUGAAUGAAAAACAACUCUAUUCAAUAGAACGUUUUAUUCGGCAAACGCUUCAUUUUUUCCGCACGCAAAACGCAAAUUUUCGAAUAAAGCAUGAGCAGCAGCUAAAUACAACUGAAAUUAUUGAAAUAAUGCAGAAUUCAUUCAAACCCUUUUAUUUCACUUAAAUUCUUUCAAUUUCUUAAGUUGGUUUACAUUAUAAUAUAAUACUACAUUUCAAGUGAUCAACCUAGGGUUCUACGUUUUAUAUUAUCAUUCAGACCCUUGUGAUCAUCAUGAUCAUUACAUUUCACAUAAAUUUUUUUUUCAAAAAACAAUUCUUUUUUUAGUUAGCGAAUGGGCGCACCUUGUUCCAUAGAUUUGCCUUGAGUUCGCCGAGUAAUUUGAUAGGUUUGGCAAUGACAGCUAAAUUUGUAGCACAUCUUGACUCGCGGAUCAUAUCCCCUUGCCCGGGGCUUGAAAAUUUCAGAUCGUCCUAGCAUUUCAACGAUGGUUUUAUAUGUUUCACUCUCAUCACGAAGUUUUCUCACCACGUCUUUUUCUUCAGAAGUACUGUGGCGAUUUCUGCCCAUUCUAGUUGUUCUGACGGUGAAAUUAGAAAUUAUUUACGUUGAAAAUGAAAAACCUAUAGCUGCAAGAUUAUUCAAUCCUACUGGUUACACAAGAUCAAUUGAAACCCAACUAGAAUCAAACACACACCUUACGGUGAUUAAAAUGGCAUCAAUUCACUUGGCACCAUCAAAUGAAAUGCCACACGCACAGCGACAAAAUCAAGCGGAUGAAUGUUUGAAGGUACGGCGCAAACGUGAUGACCGCUGUGGUAGUGAAAGCUUGAGUGUUGCACACAUUGAACGGUGUGUCGUCACACACCUACUUUAUUGACCAACAGUGUAUGUAUAUAUUUACUAUUUGGUAAGCAAACUUAACCCUAUUUGAUUUUAUUUCAAAAAUUAUUGGGUGACAACAGCUAGGUGCGCAUCUUUGCCCCGCACUACUCUAUAUUUUAUUUUUUGGUUCUCGUACUCUUACUCCGCUUAACUUAUGAAUAGGUUAGUUUAGGGAAAAGGUGCUUUCUUCAUACGGUUUUAUUUUCUUUCAUUGCUAAGCUGCCAUCCGUGUGGAAGAAUGGAUGGCGACGAUGCCAUCUCGUUAGGGUUAAGGCCUAGAACAAAAAAAGUGUGUGCCAUUCCUGGGGUUACUUCCCACACACACACACACACACACACAUACACACACAAAAAACUAAACUAGUAGAAGCUUUUUUGAGUAGCCAAAUUAGAUAUGUCAGAGAGUUUUAUUUUUCGUUGAUAUCGUUUUUAAUUUUAUUAGGAAAACAAUGGUUUUUUUAGUUGGAGGUAGGACAAGCGACUGAUCGAUCUGUGAGAAGGGUGAUCUAGAGGACAAGAUUUUUUCUUGUACACAUUCCUGUAAUUCUUAUGCGUGUGGAACCAAACUGACCGACGGGACAAAAAAUAAUCAAAAUUGUACAUAAACCGACACACUCAAUCAUGCAUUCCAGGGCAGUAGUAAUCGAAAUCGAUCGAUCAUUGAAAUUUCAAUUCUUUCCCGAGGGCGGGGUUAGUCCGUAAGUUGUAAAUUAUUCUAUGGAAUUGCCAAGUUCACUUCACUUUCGGUGUACAACGCUCGCGCGUAAAUCAAUAACUGUUGUUCAAUAAAAGACAAACCUUAAAGACAGAAAAAUCAGAAAUUAAAUGGUAUUCUUAUUUUUUUACGUAAGUAAAGAGUAAAUAGUUUUAGGGAACAACAAAAACGAACAAAAAGGAAAGCCGUAAGAUUCUUCAUCUCACUGUAUCAAAUCAAUCAGAGCUCCUGUUUGCGUUUGUAAAUUAUUCAAAUAGAAAUAUGUGCAAUCACUAUUAUUACAACUAGCGAACAAUUAUUCACAGUUAUUCGAUAGAAACAUGGAAGGAAGGGACAACAAACACAAGCAAAGCAUGAUAACCCGAACAAAUAUUUAUUCGUAGGAAAUUUAUCCGAGAAAGACAGUUUGCAAGCAGCCAGAGUAAGAUCAAGUUAGCGAUUAAUGACGAUUAUUUAAGACAGAGAAAGAGAGCAAAUGUGCCUAUAUGGUUUCCGUAAAAACUACAAAUAACUGAAAAAAAUAAGGAGGAGAAGAGAGGAGAGUGAAGAAAACUUCUAUCGGAAACUCAUUUUUUGUGUGGUUAAAACAGAAAACCGUAACGUAAAAAUGUUGUAUGUAUGAGUAAACAUAGAAUCAGGCGGAGAGUGAAACACACCUAUUUGCGUAAGUGUCGAUAAUGUGGAGGUGAAUAAACAAAACUGUGGUGAUUUGAAGCCGUGAAGCUU